CCUCUCACUUAACCCUAGGAACCAGUAAUCUGACUGAUAAAAAGGAACCAAAGCCAUUUUUGAGGAACAGUCAAACACGGAAGUCGAUCGACCAAUACGAGUGUACUAGGCAUUCUGGGGACGGAGGAAAACUUGUCUUGGAUAAGUUGUGAGGCAUCUAUAGCAAAGGUCCUCCAUAAUAUUCUGCUCUCCACGCGUGCUGAUCAGGUUUUGAAGGAGAAUUGUUGUGGUAAGAAGGAAACGCUGGGAUAUUGUGAGAGGGCCAAAACGAUCGUCAACCACCAUCAGGAUUCAGCAAGGAGGGUGGUACAAGCAAGUUGAGAAAGGGAAAGAGAGAAGAGAUCGAGGGAGAAGGCAGCAUGGUGGCAGUUGUUAUUGGAGGUGCAGCAGCCGGUACCUGGUCUCCUCUGUCUGUUGUGGGAUACCAUUCUUGUGGUGGCAGUGGCGCUAGCUGCGGCGGCGGAUCCGUGGCAAAGGGGGAGCUGCGCACUGUCGGUGCGGGGACGUUCUGGAAUUGGAAGGAGAGAAGGUUGCACGGCAGUGGUUCUGCGAGGAGACGAUCGAGGUGCCGUUGCAGCUCUGCUUCAGAGUGGGACUGGAACGCGUGGAACCGCCAUUUCUCUGAAAUUGACCAAACGGAGAGCUACUCCUCCCUUCUCAAGUUUCAACUUGAGGAUGCCAUCGAGAAGGAGGACUUUCAGGAAGCUGCAAAACUGAAAAAGGCAAUUGCUGAAGCGCAAUCAAAGGAUACUGUUUCCGAAAUCAUGUCUCAAUUGAAGAAAGCUGUAGAUGAAGAACGGUACCAUGAUGCUGCCAAAAUUUCUAAUCUCACCGGCAGUGGGCUGUUAGGUUGGUGGUUUGGUUUAUCGAAGGAUCCUGAUGAUCCGUUUGGCAGAAUUGUGCAAAUAACCCCUGCUUUAGGGAGAUUUUUGGCGAGGAGCUACAAUCCAAGACAAUUACUGUCGGGAUCUCCUGGCAGACCACUGUUUGAAAUAUUUGUCAUCAAAGAUGCCGAGCAGAGAUACAUCAAGCAGGUGGUAGUCUUGCAGCAGGCAUGUAAAGGAAAUAUGGCCAGCUCUGUGGUUCCAACACCAAAAGCACUUGAUGGUGCAUCAGUAUCCGAUUCUCAAAAGUUACCCAAAGAAGAUACACUACUGAAUGAAUAUGGUGCUGAAAAAAGUGAAGAGAAGAAAGUAAACACUGUAGAUAUCACAGAAGAAGCACUAAGUAAUGUUAUUGAGUUCCUCAAGGAUCGUAUACCAGAUUUAAAAGUAAAAGUUAUGAAAGUCAGCGUACCAGAUGAAGUCAAGGACGACGGCAACUUUCUUGAACAGCUAAUGGAAGAUGAUGUUGAGACUACCAUUGAAGCUGAAAUUUCUGAAGAUGAGACUGAGAAUUUAGAUGAUAUCCAGAAUGAAAGUGUGUCUGAUGGAAGUGAUACGGAUGCAGAAGAAGAUGGGGAGGAUAUUAAUGUGAAGCUUGUUAUUGGUGGGGUUCUUCAGAACCAGAAAGAAGAAUCUGGUUCUAAGGCUCCUGUACGAGUUCCAGCAAACAUUGAAAAUAUGGAGAAGGAUUCCUUCUUAUUAAAUAUUUCUGGGAAUACCACGGAUAAUGGUGUGACUGCACCACCUAAACUUAAAGUUGCUGCUGUUGCAGCUCAGGCAGCUUCAGACCUUAUGCCUGUUGAUGUUGCCAAGGCACUUUGGGGUGGGGGUAAAGCUCCUCUAAAGGUGUCUAAGGGCCUCAAAGAGAUUGUCAAGCUUGCAGUAGCACAGGCUCAGAAAUGGAAUAAACUACCAAGUAGCACUAUUUUUCAACGCUUAGUCCCAAGCAGCGAUAGCUUAGAUCCUUUUGAUGGACUAUAUAUUGGAGCUUUCGGUCCAUAUGGUUCUGAGGUGGUGCAAUUGAAGCGUAAAUAUGGCCACUGGCACAGUACUGGAGAACUUGAGAACGGUUCCAGCGUAGAAUUUUUUGAGUAUGUUGAAGCUGUAAAGCUUACCGGUGAUCUCAAUGUUCCUGCUGGCCAGGUCACUUUUCGUGCUAAGAUUGGGAAAGGAAACCGUCUACCAAACCAAGGGAAUUAUCCAGAGGAAAUUGGGGUGGUUGCAAGAUACAGAGGGCAGGGAAGAAUAGCAGAGCCUGGGUUCAAGAAUCCUCAAUGGGUUGACGGUGAACUACUAUUACUUAGUGGCAAGGGAAUGGGACAUCUGAGAGGUGCAAAACUUGGUUUUCUCUAUGUUGUUCCAGAGCAGAGCUUCCUGGUUCUGUUUGACCAGUUAAAACUGCCAGAAUAACUACAACUUGGAAAAAAAGAAAGCUUUUCGGGCUAUACAUGGGAUACCUUUUAUGGUGAAACUGAAGAUGCUUUUAAGCUUUUCCAGGCCAGAAAAAUUGCAAUUACCACAAUGACCAGGUUCAAGCUGUGAGCAGCUCCUGCUUAUAUCAAGGAAUACUUUGUGGCCGUGGCAAUGGGAAACAUCAAGCUCACUGCUCAGCCUUGUGACAAUCCUGAAUACGUAGCCCCACUGUACGUGUGGCUGUUCACAUCUGUAGGGUGUGACCUAAAGAGCUUUGGUCUCUCGAAAGGCAGGAUCACGAGAUAUGGUGGUUCCGUUUUGUUAAAUACUACUCUUCAGAUGAGAAAAGUUGAAAAAUUCUUUCCCAUUA